GUGGGCACCGAGUCACCAGGCACAACAGUGGGCUCUGAGUCAAUUGGCACGACAGCGGGCACCGGAUCAUCAGGUACCGGAUCGUCUGGCUCGACAGCGGGCAUCGGGUCACCAGGCAUAACAGCGGGCACUGGGUCAUCAGGCAUUGGAUCGUCUGGCUCGACAGCGGGCAUCGGGUCAUCAGGUACCGGAUCGUCUGGAUCGACAGUGGGCACCGGGUCAUCUGGCGUUGGAUCGUCUGGCUCGACAGCGGGCAUCGGGUCACCAGGCAUGACAGCAGGCACUGGGUCAUCAGGUACCGGAUCGUCUGGAUCGACAGCGGGCACCGGGUCAUCUGGCGCUGGAUCGUCUGGCUCGACAGCGGGCAUCGGGUCACCAGGCAUGACAGCGGGCACUGGGUCAUCAGGCAUUGGAUCGUCUGGCUCGACAGCGGGCAUCGGGUCACCAGGUAUGACAGUGGGCACCGGGUCAUCAGGUACCGGGAUCGUCUGGCUCGACAGCGGGCAUCGGGUCACCAGGCAUGACAGCGGGCACUGGGUCAUCAGGCAUUGGAUCGUCUGGCUCGACAGCGGGCAUCGGGUCACCAGGCUGGAUCAAUUCAUCAGGCUGGGUACAGACAUCAGGCUGGGUAGAGACAUCAGGCUGGGUAGAGACAUCAGGCUGAAGUGCGGGUGCCGAGGCACCAGGCAGAUU